AUGCGCUUCUUUUUAACGCUUGCAAGUUCCAGAAGGAAGAUAUCCGGCAGGGCUGCUCAGUCUGCUGCGUCAGUCUCUUGCCUCAAGGGGGAACAGCUGGAGAAGGCACAUCCCCUGGAUCCAUCAAAGGAUUCUGUUCCGCUUGCUUCUUGUUUACCUGAUUUCGCGCUUCAGCCUAUACGUGAUGAAGUUGUUGCUGUGGUUUGGGGUACUCCGCUAUUUUGGGAGGCGCUUUCGGUUGAUGCUGUUUGCACUCUGCUGGCUGAAUAUGUUCGAAUGCGAGAAGAGGAAGAAGCAUCGGAGUUGUUGCUUCGGAAGGCUAUCGUGCAGGCCGUGCUAAGAAGGGAGAAGAGCCCCGCAGAGCUUUUGUACCAUCCCGCUGCUCUUCACGCUGCAGGCCUUCCCCACUGGAAAGACGACCGUCUCGAGACAGAGCAACGCGCAGCUUUGGGCAACACAAAAAAUGAACGGCGGUUGAUGAGACGAGUUGCCACAACUCAAGAAGAAUAUUUAAGCAAAAGUGCACUUGCACGUUCCCUGUCGAAGCAGCCAUUUUUUGAUUCGGACAUAGGCGUUCUGGUGCUGCUUUUCAGUCGCCGCCGGAUUGCGGACAACAGCAAGGAGUUGCGCUCUGGAAACGAAACGACGGGAGAAAUAUGUUCAUAA